AUGCGAUUGAUCCUGCUGCAGCUGUGGCUGCUGACCUUGUGGCGCCAGAACCGAGCGGGGCCUCUCCAGGAGAGGGUCCCGCUCUUCCGACUCACUCAGCAAGAUCCCUCGGAGAGCAGUGGCAGCAACAGCACAGAUUCGCCCUGCGAGGGGCUCCCCGCUGCGGGCUCCACCACUUUGAUCCUGACGAACCGCAGCCUGGAACGACUCCCCGGCUGCCUGGCACGCACGCUGCGCAGCCUCGAUGGCAGCCACAACUUGCUGCGCGCGCUGAGCGUAUCAGAACUCGGCCGCCUGACAGAGCUGCAGGUGCUGACGCUGCGCCACAACCGCAUCGCCACUCUGCGCUGGGGCCGCAGGAUGCCAGCCGGGCUGCACACGCUGGACCUCAGCUACAACCUGCUGGCCGCCCUGCCACCGUGCGCGGGGCCAGCGCUGCGCAGCCUCCGCGCGCUGGUGCUCGCCGGGAACCCGCUGCAGGUGCUGCAGCCGCGGGCCUUCGCCUGCUUCCCGGCGCUGCAGCUCCUCAACCUGUCCUCCAGCGCGCUGGGCCACAGCGCCCAAGGGGGCAUCUCUGAGCAGGCGUUCACCGGAGCGGGCGGAGAGCCCCUGGCCACGCUUGAGGUCCUGGACCUCAGUGGCACGUACCUGGAACGAGUGGAGUCUCGCUGGAUCAGAGACUUGCCGAAGCUCAUGUCCCUCUUCCUGAGGAAGAUGCCCAGGCUGAGGGUCCUAGAGGGAGACAUUUUCAAGAUGACCCCCAACCUGCGGCAGCUGGAUUGUCAAGACUCCUCAGCACUUACUUCUGUUCCCACACAUAUCUUUCAAGACACUCCUCAUCUACAGAUCCUUCUGCUUCAGAACUGCAACUUGAGUUCCUUCCUUCCUUGGACAGUGAAUUCCUCCCAGGUCCUAACAGUCAACCUCUUUGGAAACCCUCUCACUUGUAGCUGUGAGUUGUCCUGGCUCCUCAUGGAUGCAAACAGAACUGUCUUAAGCAGGGCAGAAGACACUGUGUGCAUACCAGUGGUGGGAUCUGGAGUCCCCUUCUCAGCUCCUCUUUCCCUCUCCCAGCUGCCUGGUGUGUGCAAGUCUAAUCAAAACACCAGCCUCCCGGUUUCAACCCCACCCCAUGUGGACAGCUUAGCUUAUGCACCAUUGACACAGGGUCUCUCCACUGGGCAAGACACAGUCUACUCUAUUCUGCCUGUGGAAGGCCAGCAGAGUGUCACCAAGGUCCCCUCCCACACGGUGGCUCCCCUCACACAAGCUGCAUGGAUGUACAAUGAUGUUGGGGAGGGAACUGCCCUGUCCACUACCAACUCUACAGCAGAUUAUGACAGCCUUCCACUCAGAACUUCCCCCACAGCCGGGGCACAGCAUGGAGAACAAACUGUCAGGCUUGUUCUUGAGCCUGGUAUCUCACCUGCUUCCACCCCACCGGCCAGCAAACGCCUUGGUCCCUUCCCUCCCUCACAGAACCCCAUGAACACGUCUCAGCCCCACCAGAGGACACAGAUCACCACCCAGGCUCCCAAACCAAGUCCUACGGAGGAUGGGAUCCCAAUCUUGCUGUUGGAUGACAGUGAAGAGGAAGAGGGGACCACGGAAAAGGUGGGAGCACCUCCCCAGAAUGUCUUAUGUGAUUAUCACCCCUGCAAGCACCUGCAGAUCCCAUGUGCAGAACUGCAGAGGCGCUCACGGUGCCUCUGCCCUGGCCUCAGCCGGGAGGACACCAUCCCGGACCCUCCCAAGCUGCAGGGGGUGUUGGAGAUGACGGACACAUCAGCACUUAUCCACUGGUGUGCCCCCAACUCAGUAGUGCUCAGGUACCAGAUCCUCUACUCUGCAGAGGGUGGGGUGGGGAACCAGUCUGUGGUGGGGGACAUCUAUGCCACUGCCCGGCAGCACCCGUUGUAUGGGCUGUCACCGGGCACCACCUACAGGGUGUGUGUGCUGGCAGCUAACAGGGCAGGCCUGAGCCCACUGAGAGCCUCGGACUGGAGAAGGCCAUGUGUCACUUUCACCACCAAGCCCAGCUCAGUGGUCAUUUUUACUGUGCUGAGUGCUGCCAGUGGCCUGCUACUGGUCAGUACCCUGGUGCUGUCCGUGUUCCUCUGCAGACAGUGCCCGAUGCCAUACAGGCAGAACUAUGACAUGCACCUGGUAGACUUCAAAAACCAUGUUUUUUUGAGCUACUAG